GGUAAGGGGGGUGCGCGAGAGUAUAAGGAGGAGGAUAUUAUUAACAUGGACGGGAUGACGAAGAUGGAGGUGUUGAGGGGCGCGGAGGUGUUGCCGUUGCUGCAGGAGCGGCUGGCCAUACUGCCGGGUGGCCGGGACAGGCGGGGCGGUCUGUUGCUCCUGUUCCCGGCCACGCCGAGACGCGAGCGAGCCAAACCCGAUGACUAUCGCCGGCUCCUCCAGUACCUCACGGCCAUCCCCAACGAGGAGGACCGCGGCCUGCGCUUCACCAUUGUCGUCGACAUGCGCGGCGCCACCUGGGACUGCGUCAAACCGAUUUUAAAGGUACUGCACGACCACUUUCAUCACUCGGUCUACGCGGCCUUCCUCAUCAAACCGGAGAACUUUUGGCAAAAGCAGAGGACUUCGCUGGCCAAACAGAAAAAGUACAACUUUGAGAUCAACACGGUGAACUUGGAAGCCCUGGCCAGAAACAUAGACCCCACGCAGCUGACCGCGGACUUGGACGGCUCGCUUCCGUACGAUCACGCCCACUGGAUCGACUCCCGACUCGCUGUCGAGGACUUCACCUGGCAGGCGACCGAGAUCCUUGAUAGGCUCGACGACCUCCAGGAGGAUCUCAGCCGCAACGACUUUGCGGACGACGUCGGUGGCGCCAAGCACGGCAUCGACCUCCACAACGAGAUGAAGAAGAAGAUCAUGAAGGUCUCGGUCGAAGAAAUCGGGGUGGUCGGUAACCGGCUCCUGCAGCGCUUCAACGUGAACGUUAACGGUAGCGCGAGCAUAGAGAGUGGCAUUGGCAGCAUCGAGGCAUCCGGAGCGGCCUCGGGAGUUGGCUCCGACUCGGACAGCCGGGACGUGGCUAACCUCGUGAUCCAGCACCUGGACUCGGUCAACGCGGCCCAGCAGCAUCUUCUCCAGCUCUGGCACAUCAAGAAGAUCAAGCUCGAGCAGUGCUUCCAGCUGAGGCUCUUCGAGCAGGACUGCGAGAAGAUGUUCGAGUGGAUAUGCCACAACCGCGACAACUUUUUGACCAACUACGUCGAGAUCGGUCGCUCCUACCAGCUGGCAAAGGGCCUGCAAGAAGAUCACAAGCACUUUGCGAUGAACUCGAUGAACAUGUACGUCAACAUCAACAAGAUCCUGCAGAUGGCCGGUCGUCUGUUGGAGACCCAGCACUACGCCGCUGGUCACAUCCGGGCAGUUGCCGGCCGUCUCGAUAGAGCCUGGAAGGAGUUUGCGGCUGGGCUGGACGAGCGCACGGCAGUGCUGGGGCUGAGUGUCGUUUUUCACCACAAGGCCGAGCAGUACGUGGACAGCGUGGCCGGCUGGAGUCAGGCCUGCGACGCCAACAACCUGCCGAACGAGAUACCCGUGCUCGAGUCGCACAUCAGGCAGCACCAGACGCUCUACGAGGCCAUGUGCCAGGCUUACACCGAGGUAUAUAACGCAUAUCAAGCAUUAUUGAGUGGACUAGGAAAGAUGUUGCAAGUUUGUCACAGCGCGAGUGCAGUUGUUGGUUCCGACGAUUACGUCCACAGUACGAGUAAGAAGCUUCUUUACCAGCUGGACCACCUCGUGCAAGUCUGUAACCAACCCCAGGGAAUAGACUACCCGACAAGAAAACACAGCCAAGACGGCCACAUGGACAGCCGGGGCGCCUUGAGCGGCAAUCCAGCGGCCGAUUACAGCGAGGGCGCGUCCCACGUGCUCGCCGUCAUUCAUCAGAUACUGGGCCACCAUCGGGCGCUCGAGGCACGCUGGCACGCAAGGAAGAUCAAGCUUCACCAGAGGCUCGCGCUCAGGCUCUUCCAAGAGGACGUGAAGCGGGUGCUGGACUGGCUGACGAACCACGGCGAGGUGUUCAUCCGGAAGAACACCGGGGUCGGGAGGAACCUGCAAAAGGCGCGGGUCUACCAGAAAAGCCACGAGCACUUCGAGAACGUCGCACAAAACACCUAUACGAACGCCUCGAAGCUCCUCACGGCGGCCGAGGAGCUGGCCCACACGGGCGAGUGCGCCCCGGACGAGAUUUACGCGGUCGCCCAGGAGCUCGAGGCCCACGUCAGUAGCUUCGCGGCACGGGUGGAGCAGCGUAGACGCAGGCUCGACCUGGCCGUUGUCUUUUACACGCACGAGAAGGAGUUGACCGGGUGGGUGGACGAGCUGCGCCAAGAAAUGCAGCAAGACGAGGUGGCAGAGAGCCUGGAAACGGCCGAGAGAUUGCUCGAGCAGUGCGCCCAACACCGGACUUCGUGCCUCGAGGCUUGCGCGUCCACUAUAGCCCAGGGCGAAACGCUGCUGCAAGAGUUGCGCGACUCCACCGAGAUGCCCGACACGACGGGCUCCAUCGCAGCUGUGGAGGCGGCACUGGACAGGCUGCAAGGUUUGCGCCAGGAGCUCGAGGAUCUCUGGGCGACGCGGAAAAUGCGGCUAGAGCUGUGCCUACGGCUACGAGUGUUCGAGCGCGACGCUCUAGAGGCGAGCGGCCGGCUGGAGAUGUGGGCCCAGGAGUUGCAGAACCCACCGCGUGAAGGCUCGCCCGACCACCAGCUGAGGGCCCACAACGACGGCGUGGCCCACAUGCAGAACACGGCUUUUCAAGUCAUGCAGCAGGGCCAGGAGCUGGCCCAAGUUCUCGAGCAGGCCGGCGUCUGUAUAAUGGCCGACGGCCAGCACACCGCGUCAAACCGCGUCCAGGUGCUCCUCGAAUUUCUCAACGAUCGCGAAAUGGAGGCCGAGGAAAUGGCCGAGAUGAGGAGAAUACAGCUCGAGCAGGCCAAUCACUUGGUCAAGUUGCAGCAGACUGCCGGUCACGUGGUCAAUUGGAUUAGGAACGGCGAGGCGAUGCUGCUCACGUCGUUGCGAAUACCCGAGAAUCUCCAGGACGCCGAACAGCUGAGGCACGUGCACGAGCAAUUCGAGGUUGCCAUCGAGAAGACUCACAUGUCGGCAGUGCAGUUGAAGCAAAACGCGGACGCUCUGAUAAGCGCUAAUCAUUACGACCCUAAAACUAUACGGGAGGUCGCCGAGGACGUGACCAAGAGGUGGCAGCAGCUCGUCACCUGCGCUGAAGAGCGACACAAGCUCGUUACCGCUAGUAUUAAUUUCUACAAGACAGUAGAACAGGUGCGCACAGCUCUUGACGGCCUCGAACGGGAGUACAAGAGGGACGAGGACUGGUGCAUGGGUGGAGACAAGGCAAACCAAGUGCCGACACUCAUAACAAAGCACCAGGAGCAAAAAGAGGCUUUCUUGAAGGCGUGCACCCUCGUUAGGCGGACCGCUGAGACGUUCCUCAAGUACACCAAUCGUAGCCUGCAAUUUUAUAAUUAUCAGAGCACCGGCUCCGAGGGAAAAGUCAGAAAUAUUUUGGAGGAACUUCUUAGUAAGGAGAAUAAAGUCCUUGAAUGCUGGACGCAGCGAAAGAAGCGUCUGGAUCAGUGCCACCAGUACGUGCUGUUCGAGCGUAGCGCUAAACAGGCGCUCGAGUGGAUAAGCGAGACUGGCGAGCUUUACCUUGCGACGCAUGCCAGUGCUGGGAGGAAUAGAGCGGAAAACGAGCAGUUACUCCUCGAGCACAACGAGUUCAAGGGAGCAGCAAAGGAAACUCGAGAUAGAGUCAAAAUCCUAAUCCAACUGGCUGACAAUCUCGUGGAAAAAGGUCACGCUCACGCGACUGCGAUCAAGCAAACGGUUGCCGAAGUGGACCAGCGUUACAAAGAUUUUAGCAUGCGGUUGGAUUGCUACAGAACAGCGAUCGAAGAUGACUUGGAGAUACAGCUGGACGAAGGACCCAAGGAAAUAACUAUAGAUAGAAAUUCAGAUCCGCUUUUAGAGGAGAAGAUUAAAGGCAAGGAUCUGAAGGAGCUGAAUGAAGAGAAACGUAGAUCUGCUAGACGGAAAGAAUUUAUUAUGGCUGAGCUUUUACAAACUGAGAGAACUUAUGUUAAGGAUUUAGAUACUUGCAUUAGAUGCUUUUUAGAAGAAACCAAAGCCGGUAAAAAUAAUGUACCACAAGGGUUACAAGGACGUGAAUCAAUAAUUUUUAGCAAUAUGGAGGAGAUUCAUCGGUUUCACAACGACAUUUUUCUUCGUGAACUAGAAAAAUACGAAACAAUGCCGGAAGAUGUUGGACAUUGUUUCGUUACAUGGGCUGCCAAAUUUGAUAUGUAUGUAAUUUACUGCAAGAAUAAACCAGAAAGCAAUCAGUUAUUAGUUAUGCAUAGUGGCACUUGGUUUGAUGAUUUGCAAAGGAAGCAUAAAGUAGAACAUCCUAUAGCUGCUUACUUGAUCAAACCGGUGCAAAGAAUUACAAAAUAUCAGCUUCUACUUAAGGAUCUCCAGGCAUGCUGCCAGGAAGAUCAAGGUGAAAUCAAAGAUGGACUUGAAGUGAUGCUGAAUGUGCCUAAAAAAGCUAAUGAUGCCUUACACUUGAGCCUUCUAGAAGGCUGCGAUGUCAGGAUAGAUACACUUGGCGAUGUAGUGUUACAGGACCCUUUUACAGUCUGGGAUCCCAAACAAUUAAUUAGAAAAGGUAGAGAGAGACACAUUUUCCUUUUCGAGCUGUACUUACUCUUCAGUAAAGAAGUCAAGGAUUCUAACGGCAAGGUAAAAUACAUCUAUAAAAGCCGUCUAAUGACGUCGGAGUUGGGCGUUACUGAGCACAUCGAGGGUGACGAGUGCAAAUUCGCAGUGUGGACCGGCCGAGCGCCCACAAGUGAUACCCGGGUCGUGUUACGCUCCAACUCGCUCGAGUCGAAGCAGCUCUGGGUAAAGCGUUUGCGUGAAGUCAUCCAGGAAACCUACUUUAGUUUGAGUAUGCCCAAGAGCCCGGCCAAAAAGAGCUCAAGCCAGCGGUCCAGCCGAGAUCUCGAGGAGUGCGCCUCGCUCGACGACAGUGCCGAGAACCUCGACCGGAACUCGCUUGCCUCCUUCGGCUCGACCAAUACCACCGAUUCUGACAAGACGGGCGUGACGGAGAUGACGUGGGUGUUGGCGGACCACACGGCGGCACCGGGCUCGCGGGAGCUGAGCGUGACCAAGGGCCAGCAAGUCGAGGUGCUCGAGAACGGGGGUGGAACCAACUGCGAGUGGACCCUGGUUAGGCUGGCACCGGGCCCCGGCCAAGCCGAGCCCGCGCCCGAGGGCCUCGUGCCCACGGGCGUACUCAAGCAGCCUCCCACGGCCGCCUGCAAGACCUCACCGUCGAGGAAACCACCUACCUCGGCCCCACCUGCCGCCACCCAGCCGCCCGUUCAACAAUCAUCCGUUACCACCGACGACGAAAUCAUCGGGAGCGACGGAUGCGGAGCCGCCAACACAAGCUCUCCCGGUAACAAGAGACGCGGCUUCAGCGG